CCUGCGCCACGGGGGUGGCGGCCAAGGACGCGGGGCCGGCCGCUCCCCGCGGCGACACAAAGUAAUCCGCCCAUGCCGGCCCCUUCCACCGGGCCGCCUCCGGCCCCGCCGCGGGCCGCGGGCUCCCUGCAGCCUCCCCUCGGCCUCCCCCGUCGCGCCGCCCCCUGCUGAGCGCCCUCCGUCGGGUCCGGCGGGCGGGGCCCGCGGCAGGAUACCUCUGGGAGCGCUGCGCGCUGCGUCUCUGAGGAGAGAGCGGCGGGGGAAAGUAGUUCCGGCCCGCCCGGGCCUCCUUUCCCAAAAAUAGCGCCCAGCGCGGAUCCGUGCGCCGGCGGCAGCGGCUCCUCAGGAGGCUCCGCGGGCGGCGGGGCGGCGGCGGGCGGCGAGGGGCCGCGGGCGGGGGUUUAUAAGAAGAAAUACGAACUGUUUCUCAAGCUGAAGACAAAGUAAAAGAAAACCGUAUCAUGUGUUAGAAUACUGAAGAGUGAAAUUUCCUGGAUUAGUAUAUUUCUGGAUUGUGAAACGAAGAAAAGAAGAGGGUGAAAAUGGGGAGAAAGAAAAUACAGAUCACGAGAAUAAUGGAUGAACGGAACAGACAGGUCACCUUUACAAAGAGGAAGUUUGGAUUAAUGAAGAAGGCGUAUGAGUUGAGUGUACUCUGUGACUGUGAAAUAGCACUCAUCAUUUUUAACAGCUCUAACAAACUCUUUCAGUACGCGAGCACUGAUAUGGACAAAGUUCUACUUAAAUACACAGAAUACAACGAGCCCCAUGAAAGCAGAACCAACUCAGAUAUUGUUGAGACCUUAAGAAAGAAAGGCCUUAAUGGUUGUGAGAGCCCUGAUGCUGACGAUUACUUUGAGCACAGUCCACUAUCGGAGGACAGAUUCAGCAAACUAAAUGAAGAUAGUGAUUUUAUUUUCAAGCGAGGCCCUGCUCUGAACAAGAAGGAACACAGAGGGUGCGACAGCCCGGACCCUGACACUUCAUAUGUGCUCACGCCACAUACAGAAGAAAAAUAUAAAAAAAUUAAUGAAGAGUUUGAUAAUAUGAUGCGGAAUCAUAAAAUCGCACCUGGCUUGCCUGCUCAGAACUUCUCGAUGUCGGUUACGGUUCCAGUGUCCAAUCCCAACACUUUAACCUACAGUAACCCAGGGAGUUCCCUCGUAUCCCCAUCGUUGGCAGCCAGUUCAUCCUUAACAGACACGACCAUGCUCUCCCCACCUCAGACCACCCUGCAUCGGAACGUAUCACCUGGGGCUCCUCAGAGACCACCGAGUACUGGCAAUGCAGGUGCAAUGCUGGGGACAACCGACCUCACAGUGCCAAAUGGAGCUGGUACCAGUCCAGUUGGAAAUGGGUUUGUGAAUUCCCGAGCUUCACCAAGCCUACUUGGAACUAGUGGCGGUGGGAAUGGCUUAGGGAAAGUCAUGCCUACAAAGUCUCCACCUCCACCUGGAGGAGGUAACCUUGGAAUGAACAAUCGCAAACCAGACCUCCGCGUUGUCAUCCCACCCUCCAGCAAGGGUAUGAUGCCGCCAUUGUCGGAGGAGGAUGAAUUGGAGUUGAAUACCCAAAGGAUAAGUAGUUCUCAGUCUACACAGCCUCUUGCUACCCCUGUGGUGUCUGUGACAACUCCAAGCUUGCCUCCGCAGGGACUGGUGUACUCGGCCAUGCCUACUGCCUACAACACUGAUUACUCCUUGACUAGUGCAGACCUGUCUGCCUUGCAGGGAUUUAACUCCCCAGGAAUGCUUUCCCUAGGGCAGGUAUCUGCCUGGCAGCAGCACCACCUCGGUCCAGCAACCCUCAGCUCUCUUGUUACUGGCAGCCAGCUAUCUCAGGGUUCAAAUUUAUCCAUUAAUACCAACCAAAACAUCAACAUAAAAUCUGAACCAAUUUCACCUCCCCGGGACCGUGUAACUCCUUCUGGGUUCCCGCAACAGCAGCAGCCACAGCAACAGCAGCAGCAGCAGCAGCAGCAGCAGCAGCAGUCACGUCAGGAAUUGGGUCGCUCUCCUGUUGACAGUCUCAGCAGCUCCAGCAGCUCUUACGACGGCAGCGACCGGGAAGACCCACGGAGCGAUUUCCAUUCACCUGUGGUGCUGGGAAGGCCACCAAAUUCAGAAGAUAGAGAGAGUCCAUCGGUAAAACGAAUGAGGAUGGACACAUGGGUGACAUAAACUUGCAGUGUUGCCUCUUCAGUUUUGUGUUCUCAAAAUGAACUGUCCUGACAUAUCUAAAUUUAUAAAUAAGGACAUGAAAUAAGUAUAUUUAUAUGUAUAUACAUACAUGCAUAUAUAUAUCUUCACAUGCAUAUAUAUGUGCUAGUGUGUGUAGCAUACACAAAAUCAUCAGGCACUUAUUACAAACUUCUUGUAUAGCUGCAGAUGUCCCAUGGUAAAAUGUAACAGAACAAUCCUAUAGGUAUUGAUCUAGUCUGGCACUUACCUGGACUUGUUGUUUUAAUAAUAUAACCUGUUUUGCAAAGAAACAUUGUACCCGUAUUAUAAUCCACACUAGAUUGCAGAAACCAAGAGGGCUCGCCUGUAGUAAUGUCCCUGUGUGUUUUAUUAAAGCUGUAUGGUUACUUGUAGUUAAGAAAUAAUGCUUUGUAGCAGCAGAGCAGUAGAAAAGCAGGAAGAAGAAAGCAAUACUGUACAUAAAAUGACCUUUAUAUUACCCAACCUGGCAUGGGUCUCUAUUGCAGAGGGUGCAUGGAGAAGGGCUGAUGCUAGAAAACAUAAAAAACAAAAACCCUGUUUUGCACGUGCAAAAAAAUAGUGUAUUGGGUCAAAGAAGUGAUUUUUUUAACGAGUGAAAGAGAGACAUAGAGAACUCGCAUGAAAUAUUCAGAAAAUAUUAGCCUAGAAAAUAGAACGUUAACAAAAUAAAAUUAAUAUAUUAAGUUAUAAUUGGAAUAUGUUUGACAAAUUUGUUUUUACGUUCAUACCUUUGAAAAAUAUAGAAACGGAUUUUAGCUCAUGUAUAUUUUAUAUUAAAGAAAACAAUACCCUAAUGAAUUGAAGACUAUAUAUAAAGUUAUAUACAGUACUUUUGAACACAUUCUGCUAUGAAUUAUUUAUAUAAGCCAAAGCUGUAUGUUGUAGCUUUUUUGUAGAGUAUAGUUUUAUCUUAUUUUGACUUUCUAGUUUUUGCUUUCAAAGAUGAAAAGGAAAAACUUGCAGGCGGAACCUUGGGGGAAAAAUAAGCCAUGAACACUUAUAUGUAAAUUUAAAUUUGAGCCAAACUCUUUGUGUAUAUAGCAUCUUAAAUAUAUUAUCACCUUUGGUGUAAGUACCUAUGUAUUGUACGUUCACCAGAUUAAAAAGUAUAUUUUUGUGGAUUGACGCCAACUUGAAAAAGGCGAGGUCCUUAUUAAGUAGAGUAUUCACUGUUUAAUAUUUACUAUUUUGUUAAAUAUACUGUACUUUCUUUGGAUUUUAAUUAUUAUUAAUAUUAUUAUCCAGAUUUUUCAGAGGGUGUAUAAAGGGGUUGUCCCCCUCACUGGUGGUGAAUGUGUGCCGUUAAAUUGUAAUCUCUGUGCUGUAUGGUUAAGCUUCAUUAUACAUUUUAUAUAUAUGUAUAUAAAUAGCAAAGUGGCAAAAAAAAAUCCGGUGUUAAGUUCAUCCUGCAUAAAUAUAAAAAAUCUGUUACAACACAUUUUAAGGCAUCAUUUUAAAACUGCCUCUUCUGAGGAGGAAAAAAAAACAGUGGAAAAAACUUGACCUAAUUUCUUACGAUAGGGAAAUAACACAUAUCAGAUGAGCACAAAAGGUUUUUUAAGUGGUAAGUGGUUUGGGAUAAAACCUCAGCCUUCAGAAUUAAAUGUGCUGUUCUUCUUUGCUGCUUCCAUCCAACAGAGCAAGGAAUCCAGAGGCCCGUGGUGUUGUCACAGCUGGCGAGAAGUUUGGUUUGGACUUGGAUUCACCAUGUGGCAUUACCUAGGGGUUUGCACAACCUGGCUGUGCUGUAAGGAGAAGGGUGAGGAGGGAAAGGGCAGUGCUGUCUGCCCGUGACUUGUAGGCCCUGGGCAGGGCAGUGGGUGAGCGUGGUGAAGGCUGGGUGUGAGUGGUUUUGCGUUAGGGAGCGUUGUCGCCUGGUAGAAAUCUGAUUCCAGUUCUGUGCGGUGCAUCUCAUCUCCCAGUGCACGUGUUCUUUUGUACUAGGAACCAAAGGGAGUAGGUGUUAGUAAAUCUCCCUGCUGCGGGUAGUUCUGGGGGAAAAACUACAGUGCUGUGUUAUUCCUGAAACCCCUUUAAAGGAAUCCCUGUUAUUUAUAAAAUAAAAUUUGGCUUUUUUUUUUUUCUUAAUCACUCGAUACUCUAAGAAAGAAGUAUGAGAAAUGAAAAUCCGGUGCGGACAGCUAUCUUGGCUGCUUGCUUUAAUGUGUGAUGGAAGAACAAAGUUAGGACGUACAGCUUCUAAAACCCGUCGCGUGUUGUCAUGGUAACCUCUGAAGUCGUACAGGUUUCAAUUUGUUUCAGCCACUUAACUGUGGAAAUCAUUCUCCAUUUGCUGCAGUUCGUUAUCAGUUUGCAGAAGGCAACAGGAAAAAUGAGACUUUUUCUAACAGCAAUUCAAUUUCCAAAGUGACUGAAUUCACUUACCACUACAGAGAACCUUUUACUGCUUUGAAAAGUUAUGUGAUUUUUUUCAUUAUUUAUGCACAUCUAUGAACUUUGCUGUACAUCUGAGUGGGAGUUCUGCAUUCACAUUUACUGUCUAUUUUCUUGUGUGCCUUAUGAGAUGGCUUUGCUGACUGUAUCUCAAUAGUCUUUAUUUCUAUGCAGGUUUUUAAACAGUAAGUACUAUUGCUGUUUUCUUAAAGAAAAAAGCUACAUAAGGGUUAGAGUUUGUAUUGAAAUUGCACCAGUGAAUUUAAACAGACAAAAUAGUUCUGAAGAACUGAUCCUGGGACUGUUAACGUGUUGCCCAAACCCCUCCAACAGACUCGGCAGAACAAGUCUUUGCAGACCUCCCGUGUCAGUGGGAGAAUCUCAUGCCAUUAAAUAAAUGGGAAUCCUGAUUUUUAGUAAUGAGUAAUGAACUUUGGAACAUACUUUUUUAGGAAUUGUAAAAAAAAAAAAAAAAAAGUUUUAUAAAAAAAAAGACAUAGCACAGAUAUUUCAACAGUUGAAAAAUACUUUUUUUAAUUAAGUAAAUAUAUUGAAUGACGUUGCAAGUGGAUCCAAUCCUAGUUUGAACCCAUUCAAGUCUGAAUGAUUUAAGAUUUUUAUCUUCUAUUGUGACAAAUCACCUCUCCAUCUCUGAGCUCUCACUAUAGUAUUUAAAAAUUCACAUGUAAUCAGGGAUUCGUCAGAGAAAAAUGCUUUAGCCUUUCCUUUCACUUAAAGGACACUAAUGCAUCAGAAACUUGCGAAUUACUGUGCGCACAAGAAAUACAUAGUAAAUAAGGAACAUAAUAACUCCUAACAAUUGAUCAUGGAAAGACGUUAAAUUAGAAUGUGAAAGAAAGACUUAACAAAUGUAAACAUUUAAAUCUUAGUAGAAACUUUCUUCACUUUGCUGUGCAAGAGAACACUGCUUUGCUAUAUUUAAAAUGGCUUUUUUAAAAGAGAUUUAUGUAUUUGGUAAAUGUUUGUAGUCAACAGUUCACAAAGAAGCUGUUCACGGUUUAAUGAUGAUAAGCCGUUUGGCGGCACAAGCUGGACUUUGUUGCCAUCCUUGAGACGAAUCUUUUAAGAAAAAAAAUAAGUUAAUCUCAAUUUUUUCCCUGAAUGUGUUGUUUUUUCUUCAAUAUACAAUAAAUAUUCUAGUGAACUUUUUAUCAAAUGGUUAAGAAAAAUGCUAGAGGUUGUUGUAAAAUAUUUGUAUCCUGCAUUCACUAAAGUAAAGAUACUGGCUUUUACUGUGUA